UAGAAAGAUUAUACUAAUACCGAAUAGUAACACUGUCUAUUGCAAUUAAAUCCAUAGAAAAGCCAGAAAAUAAAGAACAACCAAAGAUGCUUUUACAUAUGGCAAGUAGUUAUAGCAGUACAAGUUUCCUCUAGUGAAAAAGCUCUCACCCUCUCUCUCAUUUUAGCCUACAAAUAAUGGUUGGUUGCAUUGCCCACCCUUUCAGUUCUCCGUCUUCUUUCUUCUCAUUCAUUUCUCUUUUCAGAACCUUAUCACCUCAUCUUUCAUGGCCUCUCCUCUUCUGCAACUUCUCUUUUUCCUUUCUUUACUUUACCUUCUUAUCAGUUCCAGUGCUUCAUCAUCAAAUCAAAUUCCACAGAAAUAUGUUGUUUACAUGGGAAGUUCAAUAUCGAAUGGAAAUGAAGGUGAUGCAAAAUUUGCAGAGUCAGCUCAUUUGCAGUUAUUAACUUCCAUUAUACCAAGUCAGGAGAGUGAGAGAAUAUCUUUAAUCCAUCAUUACAAUCAUGCUUUCAAUGGGUUCUCUGCCAUGCUUACAGAAAGUGAAGCUUCUGAACUGUCUGAAAAUGAGGAAGUGAUAUCAGUAUUUAAAGAUCCAAUUCUUAAACUCCAUACAACACGUUCUUGGGAUUUCUUGGAGGCAAAAUCAGGCAUGCAAAUCAGCCAUCAGUAUUCCCAUUUAUCAAGUGAUGUAAUUAUUGGGAUGAUAGACACAGGAAUAUGGCCCGAGUCUCCAAGUUUCGAUGACAAGGGAAUUGGAGAAAUCCCUUCAAGAUGGAAAGGAAUUUGCAUGGAAGGACAUGAUUUCAAGAAAUCUAAUUGUAAUAGGAAGCUGAUAGGAGCAAGAUACUAUGACACAUAUCAAAGGACAUACAAGAAUAAUAAGACCCAUGUACCCAAGCCGAGUGGGUCACCGAGGGACUAUAUUGGUCAUGGCACCCACACCACAUCUAUAGCAGGUGGUUCAGAAGUUGCUAAUGUUAGUUACUAUGGUCUAGCCGCAGGCACAGCCAGGGGUGGCUCUCCUUCAACUAGGUUAGCCAUCUACAAAGCCUGCAGUUUAGAUGGUUGCUCUGGCUCCAUAAUCUUGAAGGCAAUGGAGGAUGCUAUUAAAGAUGGAGUUGAUAUCAUUUCAAUUUCUAUUGGGAUGAGCUCAAUUUUUCAAUCUGAUUACCUUAAUGACCCUAUUGCAAUUGGUGCAUUUCAUGCACAACAAAUGGGUGUUAUGGUAAUUUGCUCUGCUGGAAAUGAUGGACCUGACCCUUUCACUAUUGUUAACUCAGCUCCUUGGAUUUUUACUGUUGCUGCUUCUAAUAUUGAUAGAGAUUUUCAGUCUACUGUUCUUCUUGGAAAUGGAAAGACUUUUCAAGGAUCUGCCAUUAAUUUCUCAAAUCUCACUCGCUCAAGGACUUAUCCUCUUGCAUUUGGAGAGGAAGCUGCCGCUAAGUUUACACCUGUAUCAGAAGCAAGUAAUUGUGAUCCAGGAUCACUAGAUAGAGAGAAAGUUGCUGGCAAGAUUCUGGUUUGCACAGAUAGUGAAUUUAGUGUUCCAAGGCAAAUAAAGAAAUUAGUUGUAGAAGAUGCUGGAGCCAAAGGGAUGCUUUUGAUCCAUGAAGAUGAGAAAGGUGUACCCUUUGAUUCUGGUGUUUUUCCAUUUUCAGAACUUGGCAGUUUUGCAGCCUCUCAGCUUCUUAAAUACAUCAAUUCCACCAAAAAUCCGACUGCAACAAUCCUCCCAGCAGUUGAUGUUCCUAGGUAUAAACCAGCACCAGUUGUUGCAUAUUUCUCUUCCAGGGGACCUGGACAGCUUACGGAAAACAUUCUUAAGCCAGAUAUAAUGGCUCCCGGAGUUGCCAUUUUAGCUGCCAUGAUUCCUAAGAAUGAGUCAGGAAGUGUUCCUAUUGGGAAAAAGCCAUCAGGAUAUGCAAUAAGAUCUGGAACUUCAAUGGCUUGCCCUCAUGUAACUGGUGCUGCUGCGUUUAUUAAAUCCGUGCACCGCGGAUGGACUCCUUCCAUGAUCAAAUCUGCACUUAUGACAACAGCUACCAUUUAUAACAACAUGGGGAAACCCAUAACAAACAGCUCACAUUCAUAUUCAAAUCCACAUGAGAUGGGAGUUGGAGAAAUAAAUCCACUCAAAGCUCUUCAUCCUGGACUAAUUUUUGAAACGACAAUGGAGGACUACCUUCAAUUUCUUUGUUAUUAUGGCUACUCAGAAAAGAACAUAAGAUUAAUGGCGAACACAAAAUUCAAUUGUCCAAGAAUUAGUUUUGACAAACUCAUUUCCAACAUUAAUUACCCAUCAAUCUCCAUUAGCAAGCUUGAUAGACACCAAGCUGCACAAAUUACCAUCAAAAGAAGUGUAAUUAAUGUUGGAACUCCAAAUGCCACAUACAUAGCUAAAGUGGAAGCUCCUCAAGGAUUAUUGGUUAAGGUUUUACCAAAGAAGCUUGUUUUCAAAGAAGGGUUAUCAAGAUUGUCUUUCAAGGUCUCCUUUGAUGGGCAGAUGGCUUCUAAUGGCUACAAUUUCGGAUCUGUUACUUGGCUUGAUGGUAGACAUUCUGUGCGUAUAGUUUUUACUGUAAAUGUUGAAUAAUAUGAGAAAAAGAAAUGACAAUUGAAGAAAUAUACAAAUUGGAGCGAGAGAGAGGGAGGGAGAGAGAGAAUUUCUUUUUCUUUUUCUUUUUCUUCUUUUUUUUCCCCCUUCUUUUCUUGAACUUCAUUGUUAAAGUAAUGAAGCAUCCAAGAAGUGAGAUUGCUUUUUCUGAAGGUAAAGAUAGAAUGAUUGGUGUUAUUAUAAUCUUUCUUUCACUGACAGGAAUAGAACAAUAUUUUGCUGUUUAUUUA